AUUGAAAAGUGUUCUAGUACUUAUAAAGUUUGACCAAGGUCACCGGGUAUACUUUUGAUAUUUGUAUAAGCAUGGGCGCCUACAUGUCAAAGCCGAAUACGGAAAAAGUUACCGACAAAGGAGGGAACAAAUGGAUAUCAUACAGCUCAUGCUCUAUGCAAGGUUGGAGAAUGCACCAAGAGGAUGCUCAUAAUUGCAUUCCCGAUUUCGAUGUCUCCCGUGGAGUGUCAUUCUUUGCUGUUUACGAUGGUCAUGGUGGAUCAGAGGUGGCACGAUACUGUGCUGAAAAAAUGCCUAAAUAUUUAAUGGAACAUCCAGCUUAUAAUAAAAAUAAUAAUGAUAAUAACAAGACAGAUAUGAAAGAAGCAUUGAAACAGUUAUUUCUUGAUUUCGACGCUACACUGAUAACACCGGAGACUAAAGCUAUUUUGAAUAAACUAUCAGAGGCUGACAAAGCUGAUGAUAAUGGUGAUGAUGAUAAGGAUUUAUCAAAAAAAGAAUCACUUGUUAAAAUUCAUUGCACUCUGGAUGAUGAUGACGUUGACCACGACGAUGAUGAUGUUGAUAGUGAUGAUGAUGCAGAAGAGGAUGAAUGUUAUUCAGAACUGUUGGCUUUACGCUCUGAAGCAAAUCAACCGUUGGAGCAUGUUUUAGAAAAGUAUGGCGGAGAAAAUGCUUUAUCCCCUGCUAUAAAGACUAUACUAGAUAUUCGACGUCAAAUGAAAGUUGGUGAAUCUAGCCAUAGUCCGAUCAAGCCGACUGGCAUCUCAUCAGGAGGAGGCUCAUCAAGUGGUGAUGUAAAAUCCAAAGAAACAGAUUCCAGUGACUCUGCUCAAGUGUCUGAUAAUGUUGGGGUUGAUGGUGUUGGUGAUACAGAGACCACUGAAGGAAGUUCUGCCAAUGAUGUUCAAUCUAAAGAAAAAGAGGGAAAGAAAGAAGAAGAAGAAAAGGAUACAGACUCUAAAAAGACUCCUGCUGCUGAUGCUGCCGCAAAGAAGGAUUCGACUAGUACGCCUUCAGAAAAACCUGCGGAUAGCACAGAUGACAACAAACCUGCAAGUGAUACAUCUGGGGAUGAAGAUGAAAGCGAUGAUGAUAGUGCAGAUUUUGAUCCUGAGGUUGAGCUUGAAGAAAGUGAUGAUGACGAUGAUGAAGACGACGAUGACGAUGAAGACGACGACGAUGAUGAUGACUCAGAUGACGAAAUUACAGGGAUAUCUGUACCAUGUUCCUUAGCAGGUAUGGCAGAUGAAACUGAGCCUGGUGUAGACAGUGGAACGACUGCAUGUGUUGCUGUUCUUGUCCCAGUUAAAGGAGCUAUUCGUCUCUAUGUUGCUAAUGCUGGAGAUUCACGAGCUGUACUCUGUCGUGGUGGUGCUGCUGUCGACUUAUCAGUUGAUCAUAAACCGGAGGAUGAAGAUGAAAAAGCUAGAAUAGUUGCUGCCGGCGGAACUGUUACCCGAGAUGGUCGUGUAAAUGGUGGUUUGAAUCUCAGCCGGGCACUUGGUGAUCAUAGUUACAAGCAAACACCAAAUAUUCCCUUGACUGAUCAAAUGAUCACACCAUCACCAGACGUUACAGAGAUUGAUCUUAUCCCAUCAGCUGAUGAAUUCCUAGUGAUCGCCUGUGAUGGUGUAUGGAAUUCAAUGAGCAGUCAAGAAGUUGUAGAAUUCAUUCAGGAUCGUUUACAUCCUCCUCCUCCUCCUUCUACUACUAAGGCAAACAAUCGAAAUAAUACGCGAAGUCAUUCAAAGGGUGCUGGUGAAAAGAAUGGCGAUGCCACUGAAGGAUUGAGUUCAGCUGAUAAAUUGUCAAAGAUUUGUCAUGAGAUAUUUGAUCAUUGUUUAGCGCCAAAUACAGACGGUGAUGGAACUGGUUGUGAUAAUAUGACCUGUAUUAUAGUUCAUUUUAUUGAUCUACCUGGAUGGGUUGAGCAUUGUGAGAAAAACUCUGCCGCCGUCACUGGCACCGCCUCUACUAUUACAGUUGAGAAUAGCACAGUUAAAUCGCCUCGAAAACGUUUAUCCUCACCAUCAUCACUAACAUCUUGUGAAGUUGAUGACGAAGACAACAAGACUACUACUACUACUACCACUACUAAUAACGGCGAUGAUACAAACGGUGAAACAAAUCCUGUCAGCGUAUCGCCUAGUAGUCAAACAAUGCCUAAACGUCCUCGAUUAGAAUUUUCUAACAACAACAACAACUCCUCUAAGGAUGAUGCAGAUUCUACGAUGACUACAAAUGGGUCUGAUACUACUGGUGUUAUCAAUGCUACUACUACUACUACUGUUGUCAGUGAAUAAUCCGUCAGCUGUUUGCGUUCGGUUGUUUGUUUCUCUGUUCGUUUUUUUAGUUCGACUGUUUGUUUUUCAAACGUUGUUGCAGACUCACUACUCGAUUAAAUAAUUAUUACUGACAAAAGUAAACAAAAACAAACACUGAGCAGUAUUUCGUCUCUUGUUCUCUUCUUCUGUUGUGUUUUAUGUAUUGUUUGUAUUUUUUUAUAUUAUUCAAUUCUCUUGUUUAUUCCUUUUACUGCUGCUGUUAUUAAGGAUUUAAAAAGUUUCUACUGUGCUACAUACCACCCCCCUCAAAAAAAACAAACUACUAAUGUUUGAUAAUCCCAUUAAAAGAAAGUGCAUUUAUUGAAAUUUUUCAUCUUGUUUAUCCCCCCCCUGAGAAUCAUCUUGCACCAUGAUGAAAAAAAAAUUCUACACAUUUUUACAAAAAGAAAACAAGGAUUAACUCUAACUUCUCUAGUCUCUUGUUUUGUUGUAUGUAAAUUUCACUGGCGAAUACAUGAAUGUGAACAGGAAAGACAACGGAGUACUUCUCGACUAGGCGUCACUGUUAUUUCAGUAAUCAUUUCUGUAUACUGCGCCUCCUUUUUUUGUUUUUGUUUGUUUUACUAUCCCAAUUAUCUUUGUCUAUCUGUCCCCUAGCUCCUUUGUCUUCUUACAAUCCCACUUUGUGGUGUGUGUGUGUGUGUGUGUGUGCGUUUUACCUUCUAGCACUGAUUAACUGACUGGCUGGCUAACUGGCUCAGCAGAGUGUGGUUGUCACAUACUUUCUUGUCAAAUAAUGCAAUAUGAAUAAAAUUGUCUUCCUUUUUUAUUAUUUAGACACAACACUGCCUUUCUAUUCGUUACUUAUUUCUAAAAGUUGUAAGUUUCUACUGUGGUUGCACAGAUAUAUAUAUAUAUAUAUAUAUAUAUAUAUAUAUACAUAUCGCGUUUCUUCCCCCCCUUUCUCUGCGUAGUAUUAUAAUAAAAACGCGCUACUGUUGUUUCACGUUGACUCUAUUUCUGUUUUUGUUGUUUUUUCUUUUGGUUUCUGUCACUACUUGUAUCUCAUCUCUCCCGUGUGUGUGUGUGUGUGUUCUUAUAUAUUGUUUGUCGAUUACUGUUCAGAUUUAUUUUGCUCAAAUUUUCUCUCUCUCUAUUGCUGUGUAUAAAUUACUAUAUAUAUUAUGAUAGGACACUCAAAUUGUUUUUUGUUUAUGCUCAUCUUUUAAACACUGUUGUUUCUUUGUUACAUAAUGUUAUUCCAUGUAUACACAUACAACACAACAUACGAAAAAAAGAAGAAGAAGAUGGAGAAAGGAGGUUCAGUUUAUUACCGAAUAAAGAUCUUGUUCUAAUCUGUAAUUUGUUGCAUCUUUUUAUCAGUACUAAAAUACAAACAAAUUUUUGUCUCAUAGUUUUUUCCAGCCUGAUCCUAUAUCCUCUA